UCCAUGGUGGCUCCUAGUCCUUCCUCCUCCUCCAGACGCUUUAAUCCGCCACACCAACAACCUUCUGCUAUUUCUGCUCCGUCUGAGGACAUUCUUCCAUUUCUCUACAAGAACGCUGGCAACCAGAACCGAGCCAGAGCGGCUGCGUGUGUGCUUGUGGCUCUGCUGGCUCUGCUGGCGCUGCUGGGGUGGGCGGAGGACAUCCGGGCUCUGCUUCCGGAACUUCCGCUGGAAACCACGGAAUUUAACAUUUGCAGGCGGCCAUGGAGAAGAUGAAGAGGAUGAAGAAGCGUCUGUCGUUGACUCUGCGCUCCAGCCACAGCGUAGACGAGUCUCUUUCAGAGCUGGCCGAGCAGAUGACCAUGGAGGAUGGCGGCACCAAGGACAAUGAACCUUUCAUGAGGAAUGUUGGCCCCGCCUCCUCCCACAGCAUGCAGUCCUUCCUGCAGCAGUACACUGCAUCAGUGUCCUUCAAGAAGACUCCACUGCGACGACCUCACUCUGUCACGCUCAUCACUGGCACCCUGGGCUCCUUCAUGGCCAUACCACGCAAUGGCACUCGCUUGGGCAGGGACAGUCCAGGAUUUAGUUGUGACCCAAACCACACCCUCACCUUCAUCCAGGCAGGGACAGUCCAGGAUUUAGUUGUGACCCAAACCACACCCUCACCUUCAUCCAGGCAGGGACAGUCAGUCCAGGAUUUACUUGUGACCCAAACCACACCCUCACCUUCAUCCAGGCAGGGACAGUCCAGGAUUUAG